AUGCCGACUCAAGGCAAAAAGAAUAGCAUUCCUGAGCAAAAGAGAAGUAUUCUUGACUAUUUCUCUCAGAGUAGUGCCAACAACACAGCUGACGAGAAUAUCCAAAAUGAAAAGACAAAAAGACAAAAAAAUCACAUAAAACCUGCUGUAUCAAGCGAGUUGGACCUUGAAAAUAGCACAUCAUCCCUUGUUUUUGGAACUGAUAUGGAUAGCUUUGGUAGCGGUUUCACAAAGGAGCAUCCAGAUACAGAAAAUGAAAACAUGCCGGAUGAAGAUAUAGACAUGGUGAAGAAAAAUAUUACUGUUAUGAGUGAAGCUUCAAAUGUCAUGAAUAAGAAUAGUGCAAUAGUUUGUAGCUCUAGCAAUCCCAAUACUGGCUCAGCUUUGUUAAACACUUGCAAACACAGACAACAAUAUAGUCCAGUAAUAAGUAAGAUUGUUGCUGACUAUCUUGACACGAAUCCUUCCGAGCUUACAAUUAUCGAUACAACUGAGCUGUCUUCAGAAAUGCCUCAGCAGGAGGAAAGGUAUGAAUUUUUGGUUGAUGUCAGGGAUAAAAACAAGAUCAGAAAGGGCGAAGAUGGGUACGAUCCAACCACAUUGCAUAUUCCUAAAAAAUACUAUGAUAAAUUUACCCCCUUUGAGAAACAAUUUUGGGAUAUUAAAAGCAAGUAUUUUGAUACCGUUAUAUUUUUCAAAAAGGGUAAGUUCUAUGAGCUAUAUGAGGAUGAUGCAAUAGUUGCAUCUAAAUUAUUUGAUCUGAAGAUCGUUGAGCGCGUAAACAUGAAAAUGGCCGGUGUUCCUGAAAGCAGUUAUGAGGGUUGGGCCGCAAAGUUUGUUGCUCAUGGAUAUAAAAUAGGCAGAGUGGAUCAGGUCGAAAACUCAAUAGGCAAAAAAAUCAGAGAACAGAAUGGCAAAAAGGAUAAAAUCAUUGCCAGAGAACUCAAAGAGAUAAUAACUACUGGAACUGCAUAUAGCCCCGAAUGCAUAGACGGGUGCUUUCCGUUCUUUCUGGGAGUGCUAAUCCAACACAAUCGAUGCAAUUCAACACAAUGCGCAGGUCAAAUACAUUUCUCAAUACUGCUGUAUGAUGCAGGUGCAAAUAAGAUAUCUAUAGGCACAUUCUGUGAUUCCUAUGACUGUUCUCAGCUUAGAACCGUAUUUGUUCAGAAUGAUGUUAGAGAGUUAAUAACUAAUGAGAAAGUUCAAUUAGGAAAAGAUAUGAGAAUGUGCAUUCCUGAUAAGACACCUGUUGUUUCAGAUAGAAAAUAUGAUUUUUCAAUUGAAGAAGAAUACCAAUGCUUCUCGUAUCUGUAUAACUAUAUGAAAUCGCUAUGUCGUGAACAAGCACUUGAAUCAGCCGUUGUUUCAAAUAUUAAAGAAGGCUCCGAUUUUAUGACUUUAGACGGGUCAACAUUGGUUAAUUUAGACAUUCUUACCAAUAACUUUGACUCUACCGAGGAUCAUUCGCUAUUUAAGUCAAUUAACUACUGCUCAACACCCUUUGGGCAGAGGCUUUUGAGAAAGUGGAUUGUCACUCCUCUGAAAAACCUCGAGAUGAUUAAUGAACGUCGAAGGAUAGCUCAAAUUUUUUCAAAAAUCAACAGUUCUGAAAUAGUGCAGUCUUUGAAAGAGAUAGGCGAUAUUGAAAGAUAUUAUGGGAGAUUAGGAGGAUGCAGUCCCACUUUUAAGAAUCUAAAGUCUUUUGUCGAGAGCUUAAAGAAGGCCAAUUCUGCUCUGAAGAUUUUGAAAGCCAUAUUUUCAGAUCAAUGUGAAUCACAAUCCAACAUUAAUGCAAAACAUCUGGGAUGUGUCCAACACGUUCUUGAUCAAUUUGAGAAAGUCUAUCUUCUCUCUGAUUCUGAUAUUUUACCGGGAAAUGAUAACGAUGAACUUUUUGUCCUCAACCGUCAGCAAGUUGAAAUUCAAGAUAAACUUCAAAAGUUUCUUAAAAGUCUGAAAAAAUCCACAGGCUUUAACGACUUAUGCUACAAAAGUAUAGGCAAAGAAAUAUUUCAGAUAGAGACUGGCUAUAAUAAUCAAAUGCCUAGUGGCUUCUAUUUAGUUUCCUCAACUAAAACACAAAGAAGAUACUAUUCCGAUGAACUUAAAGCCAUCACUAAUGAAUUUGAAGAAUGCGAAGAGAAAAUAUUCCAAUCUAAAGGAUCCAUUCUAAGAAGAGCAGUUGAUUUCUUGAAGUCGUUUUCGUUUGAUAUUCAUUAUUCUACGAACUAUCUUGCUUGUAUUGAUUGUCUUAUAUCUUUCUCAACAUUCAACGAUCAGGUUGCCGUAGCAGUUCCAGAAUUUGGCCCAAAGUUAGAACUGGUUGACUUUACCAAUCCUAUUUUCGCUGACUAUAUUAAAAAUACCUUCACUCCCAAGCAUAACAUAACACUCGUUACAGGCCCAAAUAUGGGAGGCAAAUCUACGUUUUUGCGAAGUAUCUGUUUGAACAUCAUCCUGGCACAGAUGGGGAUGGGUGUGCUAUGUAAGUCUAUGAAAUUGCCCGUUUUUGAUCGAAUAUUUACCAGAAUAGGCGCUUCAGAUUCUUUAGCCAGAGGUGAAUCAACAUUUAUGGUUGAAAUGAAUGAAGCAUCUAAAAUCUUAAAUCAGAGCACGAGAGAGAGUUUUGUGAUUAUGGAUGAGCUGGGAAGAGGCACAUCAACUCGAGACGGUGAAGCCAUUGCACGUGCAGUGCUAGAUUAUUUAAAGACUGUUGGUUGCAUGUGCCUGUUCAGCACACAUUACCACAAACUUGUGGAAAACUAUGAAGAUGUGGACAAGUCGUAUGUGGGGUGCAAACUAGAUCAGCGAGAUAUUACUUUUCUUUAUAAGAUGCAGGAGGGUGUCUGUGGAGAUUCGCAUGGUCUUUAUAUUGCCAGGAUGGCCGGCAUACCUGAUGAAAUUGUUGAGAGGGCAUUUGGUAUCAGAAAAGCACUUUCCAGUAAUCAAAAAUGA